AUGUUUAUUUUUUGUAAAAUAUUAUUGAAUAUCCUGGAUUUGUCUGUAAAAUCUCGAGCUCGAAAUUCCGUAGACACUUUUCUUACUUCUCCAAUUUCAACUCCAACUACACCUACUAUAUAUGAGCAUCGAGCCAAAAGUAGCAAUUUUCUUAAAAGAAGAUCUGUUAGUAGCUGGUCUAAAAGGAAAGAAGCAAUUCCACUAAAAAUUAAUUUCGUUCUUGAAGAAGAAAAGAUCCCUUUGACUCCUGUGCAUGCUUUUUGAUAGGAACGUUUUUAUAAUUGGGAAAAUUUAUUUGAAAAUUUUCCCUUGUGAAAUUUUUGAUCAGAAUUUUAGCCAGCAUCACUAUCAAAAACAUUCGGCAAAAUUGCCGAGAGGAAAUACCACAAUAUAAAAAAAUUCGGAUCAAAUAGCAUGCAGCCUACUGACUCCUUGGUAA